AUUUUAUCUUCACUCCGUUUGCCCUUAACCCCAUUCCUAUAUAUCCCCCGCAUUCGUGUCUAUCUCGCUUACACCUUCCUUUACGCAGUCAAAAAACCCUUCUUCUCUUUGGCGUCUCCGAGCUCUCAAUCUCUCUCAGAUCAUCAAUGGCCGGCAAGACCGACUUCGAUUCUUCUCUCCCUAACUCUCAGAUCUCCAGAGAUGUCCAAGGGUCUGACAGUUCUAUUCCACUUUCACCACAGUGGCUCCUGUCCAAACCUGGGGAGAACAAGAUGGGAACUCCAACCUCGGAGGUCCCCACCAGUCCUUUUCCUCCAUUUGCCAACCGUUUGGAUUUCAUGAAAUCACCUGGAACCGAUGAUUCCCAGAAGAAAAAAGAUGUGUUUAGGCCUUCUGUUCUUGAAAGCCGUGAACGCUGGCGUGAUGAGGAAAGAGACACAAAUUCUUUUGUCCGCAAGGAUAACAGGUGGCGGGAGGGGGAAAAAGAGCUUGGGGACACCCGCAAGGUGGCAGACAGGUGGACAUCAGAUAACAACAUAACACCAGGAAAACAACACUAUGGAGAAUCCAGACGUGCACCUUCUGAGAAAUGGGGUGAUACUGGGAACAAAGAUGCACGUGAGAGCAAAUGGAACACCCGUUGGGGCCCUGAUGACAAGGAUGCUGAUGUCACACGUGACAAGUGGACAGAAUCUGGAAAAGAUCAUGAUGUCCAGGUGUCCCAUGAAGGUGACCACCCUCGACCAUGGAGGCCUAGAGGAAGAGCAGAGCCGCCACAUCAGCAAACCCCAGGGCCUUUAGGAUCUUUUCCUGAUAUGUGUGAUAAUACAUCUCCUAUGAGGUAUACCAGGUCAAAGCUGCUUGAUGUGUACAAGAUAACUAAUAUGAAAGGUGGUGAAAGAAUGUUGGAUGUGCCUUCACUUACACAGGAGGAACCUUUGGAGCCUCUUGCACUUGUUUCACCUACCCCUGAAGAAUUGUUUAUAAUGAAGGGGAUUGACAAAGGGGACAUUUUAAGUAGUGGUGCUCCUCAAAUUACUAAAGAUGGAUCAUCUGGGGUUAACAUGGCUGAUACACAGUCAAGAAGAACCAAACUUGGGAGUAGAGAAGAUCUACCACUUGCUUCUGACAAUUAUUCGGAUUAUGUGGAGGGCUUAUCUCAUGAGAAGCAAGGACACUCAUAUGAGACCAAUUUUAAACCUAAUGUCAUGGAAGAUCGUCAGUCUUUUAUAGAUUACAAAUCCAAAAAUGAAGCAAUAGGAACCUCAGCUAACUCUGGGGCAAAUUGGAGAUCUUUAUCCAUGGGGCAACGUGCACAACCGAAUACUUCCAAUGAAUGGAGUAGCAGUUUAACAAAUGUAACAAAUGUUUCAAAUGUUUCAAAUCCAGCUAUCAAAAGGCAACAAUCUGGAAACACUAUGGAUAGGGAGCAUGAAGCAAGGAUACUUUCACAAUCACAGCCAUCACCUGAAGAUUUGGUUCUUUUUUAUAAAGAUCCACAAGGUUCAAUUCAAGGUCCUUUUACUGGAAUUGAUAUUAUUGGAUGGUUUGAGGCUGGAUAUUUUGGGAUUGAUUUGCAAGUACGUCUUGCAAAUGCACCAAAUGACUCACCUUUUGCUUUACUUGGUGAUGUCAUGCCUCACCUUCGUGCAAAAGCCAGACCUCCACCUGGAUUUACUGCUGCUAAAAGUGAAAUCAAUGAUGAAUCCAGUAUUCCUAAUCCCAAUGCUAUGAUGAAAAAUGAUCCAAGGUUUCAACAUGGGUCAACCACAGAAGCUGAGAAUAGGUUCAUUGAGUCUCUCAUGUCUGGUAGUGGUGGCUCAUUGGAGAAGUUUGGGCUUUCUGAAGGUAUGCAGGGGUAUUUUGGGAACCCUGGUUCGAUUCCAGCUAUGGAAAUUGCUAAAUUGAUGCAGCUUGAAAGGCAGAAGUCAAUGUCAAGUCCUUAUUCUCUUUGGUCUGGGCCUCCUAAAUCUGACAUUCUUCAAGAUCCUUCAGUUUUACCUCAAAAUCCUCCAAAUCCAGAGUUCAUGUCUAUUCUUCAAGGCUUAUCUGAAAGGUCAAACUCUGCUGCAAACAGUGGGGUGAGUAACUGGUCAAACUUUCCUGUUCAAACCGGGUUGGACCCACUUCAGGGUAAACAUUUCCCUCUUCAGACACCAUUCGGGGCCCACCAGAGGCUGCAAGGACAGAAUCUACCCUCACUAGGUCCACUAACACCUGAAAAGCUUCUAGCUUCUGGCCUUCCUCAUGAUCAAAUCUUAAGCUUAUUACAACAACAACACAUGUCACAGAUAAAACCUCAAAUCCCUACACCACAGUUGUCUGUGUUGGAUGAGUACUUGUUACUUAAACAACAACAACAGAAACAGGAACAGCUUCAGCAACAACAACAGCAGAUUAUGAGACAACAACUGCUGUCCCAAGUCCUCAUAGAGCAACAAUCUCUGCAACGUUUUGGUGAGCAACAACAGCAGUCUGUUGGAUUUGCUCCUCCACAUGAGGUGUUGCAGAUGGGAUCACAGAAUCAAGGGCUUAAUACUAACACUCCUCAUAUGGCUCAAUUUGUUCCCACACCAGGUCUUGAAGAUUCUAUUCAUUUGCCACAUCAGUUUAUUGACAACAGAGUGGAACAAAAAGGUGGUGGAGAUGAGAUUGUUCACCAGAAGGAACCUGAUGUACAGGAACAUGAGCAGCAGCCAUUGAUGAUCGACUCAAGAACAGAUGAAAAUGUUGCUUUGAUUUCUGACCCUCUGGUUGCUGUGAAAAAUGAAGUUUUAGAGACUGAAUUUGUUGAUAAUGUGGAUGUGAUGCCAGCUGUCACGGAGGCACCAAAGGUUCAGAAGCCAUCUGCUAAUGAGUCCAGUGUUGUGAAAGAAGUAAAGCCUGUUGAAACUGUGAAAAAAGCUACUGAAAAGAAGUCAAAGAAACAGAAGUCUUCAAAGUCACAAUCAUCUGACAUGGCUAAAACUGUAUCUAAACCCCAACAGCAGCAGCCAAAGGAACCUGAAACUGAUUUGACCAAAGUCAACGAGGUCGAAAUGGAAACAUCUCAAGUAGAAGAGACCAAAUCUAGAGUAGUCAUGGAAGAGCCUGUAACUAUGUCUAGUAAUGUUAACCAAAUCCCACAAGAUAACAACACACAACAAGUUCAUAUUCAACGUGCAUGGAAGCCUGCUCCUGGUUUUAAACCAAAGUCACUGUUAGAAAUUCAACAAGAAGAGCAACGCCGGGCCCAGGCCCAGGCCCAAGCUCAGGCCCAAGCCCAAGCCCAAGCAGAGAUGGCUGUUUCUGAUAUGUCAACAUCUUUAGGGUCAAUGAACAUAUCCAGCCCUUGGUCUGGUUUUGUUGCCAAUUCAGACCACAAACUUACAGAAAACAAGAAAGAAUGGGCCACCUCUGAGGCUUCCCAAAAUCAAAACAACAAGAGCCAGUUGCAUGAACUUUUAACUGAAGUAAAAACUAGUGAAAAGAACUCUGCAUCAGUUACAACUACUGUACAAUCUGAUUCAGUUGAAGAAGGUAGUUUCAUUGAGGCUAAAGAAUCCAAAAAGAGUCGCAAAAAGUCUGCAAAAGCCAAAGCAGCUGCAGUAUCCAAAGUGUCUGUGUCUCCUGUUGCUGACAUCAGCACCAUUUCAAGCCCAAAUGAGAAAGUGAAAAGUUCACGUCAAGAGAAGGAGGUGCUGCCAGCUGUCCCUUCUGGUCCUUCAUUUGGAGAUUUUGUUGUCUGGAAAGGGGAGACUGCAACUCCUACACCUGCUCCAGCUUGGUCUACUGAUUCAGGAAAGAUUGCAAGGCAUACUUCAUUAAGAGACAUUCUUAAAGAGCAAGAGAAAAAAGGUGGUGGUGGUUCUUCUGUUCAACAACAACAACAUCAAGUACAUGUGGCAACACAAAAACCUGUGUCAUCAUCUGCUCAAACUAAAAAUGGUCCUUCAUGGUCAUCAUCUGCUUCAUCUCCUGUCCAGAUUAUGUCUUCACAUGGUCAAUCAAAGAACAAAGUUGAUGAUGAUCUGUUUUGGGGUCCUUUGGAUCACCCGAAACAAGAAGCAAAAAAGGCUGAUUUUCCUCAACUUGCAAAUCAAGGGAGUUGGGCUAAGAACACUCCUGGAAAAGGAACUUCUGGUGGGGCUAUGAGUCGACAGAAGUCUGGGAGUGGAAGACCUGUUGAAGCUUCUCUUUCUUCAUCUCCUUCAUUGAAGGGGAAAAGAGAUGUGAUGGCUAAACAUUCAGAGGCAAUGGACUUCAGAGAUUGGUGCAAAAAUGAAUGUGUCAGGCUUCUUGGAUCCAAAGAUACAAGUUUUCUGGAGUUUUGUCUGAAGCAAUCGAGAUCAGAAGCAGAGAUACUUCUGAAAGAGAAUCUCGGGUCAUAUGAUCCAGACCAUGCAUUCAUCGAAAAGUUCCUCAACUACAAAGACCUCCUCCCUUCAGACGUUCUCGAGAUCGCCUUCCAAAAAACCACCGGAGAUGUCAAUUCCGGGAACGAUGGAUUCUGGGAUUCCGAGGUCGGUGGUGGUAAGGCGGCGGCAGAUGGCGGCAGCAAGGCGGGAGGAGGAGGAGGAGGAGGGGGGAAGAAGAAGGGGAAGAAAGGGAAGAAGGUUAGCCCAGCAGUUUUAGGUUUUAACGUGUUUAAGGUGUUGGCAUGAUAAAAAUGGUGGUGAUAAGAGACGAGAGAGAAAUAGACGGGUGUGAUGGUCGCAACGAAGAGGCUUUAUUUCAGUGAGCAGAGGGUGGGAUGUUAACAAGGAAGUUGAGGAUAGAGACGAUGAGAUAAGUGAUGGCAGAGAUGAACGAGUUUAACCUGCAAUUUGUUACUACUGAGAAAUGUCGAGGAAAAAAACACAUAAAACAUGAGGACGUAGAUGUGCAAUAGUUGAUGUGGAAAAUCACUU